AAUGAUGAUCGGGAAGUUGUGGAGAUCUGUGGGAACCGUCGGAAAGUUUGAUGGUCGUUACGACGGCGUGAGGACGAUGGUUGGAAAAGCCUCGAACCGAGCUGGUGUUCAUGUCACAGAUACUGUACUUUUCGAAGAGACGAGUUUCGAAUUUUCGCCUUCUCUCACUCCUGAGCUGAAUGAAUUUCCAAUGCCUUCUUUAGAUGUUAUCACUCCACAAGCUUAUCUUACUCCACUGGGGUCUCAGAGUAUCAACCAUGCUAAAUUUUUACAAAUCCCAUGGAGACAAUUUGUCUUCACAAAGCCUUUAGGUCUCUCUAAAUCAACCAAACUCGACGAAGCCGUGACAUUGAUAGAGAAUUCAUCAUCCUCGCCGUCCAAUCUCUCCACUCCCGAAGCUUACACAGACCUUCUUCAUGCUUGUAUCUCCGCUAAAUCACUCCACCAUGGUAUAAAAAUAUGUUCUUUGAUUCUCAACAAUCCUAGUCUCCGUCACAACCCCAAAUUGCUAAGCAAGCUCAUUACCCUAUUCUCGGUUUGUCGCCGAUUGGAUCUUGCUCGGAAAAUCUUUGACGAUGUAACUGAUUCGAGUCUACUUACUGAGAAAGUCUGGGCAGCUAUGGCGAUUGGGUAUUCUAGAAACGGGUCACCAAGAGACGCUUUGAUCGUCUAUGUGGAUAUGUUGUGUAGCUUCAUUGAGCCUGGGAAUUUUUCGAUAUCCGUGGCGUUGAAAGCGUGCGUGGAUUUGAAAGAUCUUCGGGUUGGUAGAGGAAUCCAUGCCCAGAUUGUGAAACGAAAGGAGAAGGUUGACCAAGUAGUGUAUAAUGUGCUCUUGAAGCUUUAUAUGGAAAGUGGCUUAUUUGAUGAUGCACGUAAGGUGUUCGAUGGAAUGUCUGAGAGAAAUGUUGUUACUUGGAAUUCUUUAAUUUCGGUACUCAGUAAGAAAGUUCGGGUUCAUGAGAUGUUUAAUCUGUUCAGGAAGAUGCAGGAAGAGAUGAUCGGGUUUAGUUGGGCGACGUUGACGACAAUAUUACCCGCUUGUUCACGUGUCGCUGCUCUUCUCACCGGGAAAGAGAUUCAUGCACAGAUUCUGAAAUCGAAAGAGAAACCUGAUGUUCCAUUGCUUAAUUCAUUGAUGGAUAUGUAUGGGAAAUGUGGAGAGGUUGAGUAUUCUCGGAGAGUCUUUGAUGUGAUGUUAACUAAGGAUUUGGCUUCAUGGAACAUAAUGCUAAACUGUUAUGCAAUCAACGGAAAUAUUGAAGAAGUGAUAAAUCUGUUUGAAUGGAUGAUAGAGUCAGGCGUUGCACCAGAUGGGAUUACCUUUGUUGCUUUGUUAUCUGGGUGUAGCGAUACAGGGCUUACGGAAUAUGGUCUAAGUUUGUUUGAACGCAUGAAAACGGAGUUCAGAGUUUCACCGGCUUUGGAGCAUUAUGCUUGUUUGGUUGACAUCUUGGGGCGAGCUGGUAAGAUCAAAGAAGCAGUGAAGGUGAUAGAAACAAUGCCAUUUAAGCCAAGUGCGUCCAUUUGGGGAUCACUGCUCAACUCUUGCAGGCUUCAUGGGAAUGUUUCAGUGGGAGAGAUUGCAGCAAAAGAGUUGUUUGUUCUUGAACCUCAUAAUCCAGGGAACUACGUUAUGGUUUCUAACAUAUAUGCUGAUGCAAAGAUGUGGGACAAUGUGGAUAAGAUUCGAGAGAUGAUGAAACAAAGAGGGGUCAAAAAGGAAGCUGGUUGCAGUUGGGUACAGGUUAAAGACAAGAUUCAAAUCUUUGUUGCAGGAGGUGGUUAUGAGUUUCGUAAUUCUGAUGAGUAUAAGAAAGUAUGGACAGAACUACAAGAAGCAAUUGAAAAAUCCGGUUAUUCGCCUAAUACGAGUGUGGUGCUUCAUGAUGUUGAUGAAGAAACCAAAGCAAAUUGGGUUUGUGGACACAGCGAGAGACUCGCGACAACCUACUCCCUAAUCCACACAGGUGAAGGGGUUCCAAUUAGGAUUACCAAGAAUCUCAGAGUAUGUGCAGACUGUCAUUCAUGGAUGAAGAUUGUGUCACAAGUAACUAGGAGAGUCAUAGUCCUCAGAGACACAAAACGAUUCCACCAUUUCGUCGACGGAAUCUGCUCAUGUAAAGACUACUGGUGACUGUUGAGGUAUUACUCGAUUUGCAACAAGUGAGUAGCAGAAGAAUCUAAAAAGAGGUAUUAUUCAGUAAGAAGGCUGCGAGAGUACUUGUACUUGCUGCAUCGUUGUUGGAGAGUAGAAAUCUCAUAGCCGAAGCGAUGCAUUAAAUGAGGACACAUUAAUAGAAAGAACGUUUUCCUAUCAAUAUCCGUCGUAAACUUCAUCCCUAAAGAUAUCAAAGACGGCGUCAUAUGCGUCGUUUGUCUCUCAGAACUCGUCGACGGAGACAACAAUAGGGGUUUGCCUAGUUGUAAUCAUUAGUUUCACGCUUAUUGUAUCAACACGUGGCUUCAAUCGAAUUCCAGUACUUGUCCAAUCUGCAGAAUCGAAGUUGAAGUUUUGAAGGAACGAGACCAAAAUUUGUAGAUGACUCGAGCUUGACUCAUAGUUACGACUCGAGUAUAUAUUCAGAAGUUAUCGAGAACGUUAGUUCCACUGAAGCAGACGAAGUUCAACCAGAUUUAACAGUGGUUAUAGACUUAUAGUAGACAUUUAGAUUCGCGGAGUAAGAUUCUAAGAAGUUAAGGAUUUUAUCGACAAUCUUUCUAUUGCAUAUCUAUCUUAUGCAUGCCUUAUUACAUAUAUAUGAAAAAUAGAUCUUUCUAUGAUCUUGAAUAUCUUUCUAUUGCAGAUAUUUCUGCCGAAAAUUAGAAGUGCAGAAAUCCUAAAUAUCCGGUUUAAUUAUACCGU